CAUGCUUGGUUGUCACGGUGACGAGCACCGCCAUCUUUCAGAUUUUGUAUAAGGCAUUUCAAUAAUCUGCGAAAACUUGUGUUGUAACAUAUUCUUUGAAAAUGCCACCGAAAGCGGCAUUGAAGUUAAAACAGACAACUGGUGCAGGUGGAAAGGGAAAAGGACUGAGGCCCGUCAGGGAUGAUGAUGAUGGAGCCACACACACUGAGGCAGGAGAUCAGGGAGACGAUUGGAUGCAGCCAAAGUCCUUACUGAAACCAGAAGACCAGUUAGAAUUGUCAGAAGCUGAAUUGAAAGAAGAAUUCACAAGGAUUUUAACAGCUAACAAUCCUCAUGCUCCACAAAAUAUUGUUAGGUACAGCUUCAAGGAGAAGCAGUACAAGCAAAUCUCCAGUGUUGACCAGCUGGCAGUUCACUUUACUCUGGAUGGAAACAUGCUGCAUAAGGAGUCAGAUGAGGCCAGAAGACAACAAGCGAGACUUGAGGGUCAUGCUGAAGUUACUUCUAGCAAAAAGUAUCGCAAAGGUCACAGUGAGCCAGCAGCCAGUGAGCUAGGAGAGCCAGCAGAGGGCUCUGGUGCAGCAGAGGGAGAGGGAGCUGCAGAGAAGCCUGCAGAGGGUGCUGCUGAGGCAAGAGAUGAUGGAGCAACACCUGCCCCUGCCAAGCCAGAGAAACUGACUAACCAGUUCAACUUCAGUGAAAGAGCUUCUCAGACGUACAACAACCCUUAUAGAGAACGUGGCACUGCUACAGAACCCCCACCCAGGCUCAACUUUUCAGCAAAUGUCUCACAGUGGGAAAUCUUUGAUGCAUAUCAAGAGGAUUUUGCCAAACAAGAAAAGAAUAAAGAGAAGAAAGUUGUUCCUGGAAGGAAAGAAGAAGAUACAAAGAAGAAAAAAUUGACUGCAGUUGAGGCUCAAGGUGACGAUAUCUCCAAAAUUGCCAAGUCUGCAAAGAUUAUUGAACGAAUGGUAAACCAGAACACAUAUGAUGACAUUGCACAAGACUUCAAGUACUGGGAAGAUGUAUCAGAUGAGUACAGGGAGCAAGAGGGUACAUUGCUGCCUCUGUGGAAGUUUUCUUAUGAGCGUGCCAAAAAGUUGGCUGUCACCUCUAUAUGCUUCAGUCCUAGAUACAAGGACCUAUUUGCCGUUGGGCAUGGAUCCUACGACUUUCUUAAACAGACCCGAGGAAUGGUCCUUUUCUACACCCUGAAAAAUCCGUCCUACCCAGAAUUCAUCUUCUCUACAGAGAGUGGUGUCAUGUGUCUGGACAUCCACCCAGAACACCCAUACUUAGUAGCUGUGGGCUUUUAUGAUGGCAGCGUGGGAGUGUAUAAUCUCACUGAGAACCAGAAUGCUCCAGUUUAUCUUAGCACAGCCAAAAAUGGAAAGCACACUGACCCAGUGUGGCAGGUGCGCUGGCAAAAGGAUGAUCUUGACAACAAUUUGAAUUUCUUUUCAAUUUCUUCUGACGGCAGAGUUGUGGCCUGGACACUAGUUAAGAAUGAACUAGAAUACUAUGAUGUGCUGAAGCUAACUCUAGAGGGGGCUGCACAGGAUGGACCUGAUGGAGUGCAAUUAUUUAGUUUAGGCUGUGGCACCUGUUUUGACUUCCACAAGGACACAGACUACCUGUUUCUUGUGGGCACAGAGGAGGGCAAGCUUCAUAAAUGCUCCAAAGCAUACUCCAGUCAGUUUCUGGAUACCAUUGAUGCUCAUCAUAUGGCAGUGUACAAAGUGGCCUGGAACCCUUACCAUCCUAAAAUAUUCAUCACAUGUAGUGCAGACUGGACUGUGAAAAUCUGGGAUCACAAUAUCAAAGAGCCCAUGUUCACUUUUGAUCUGAACAGCUCAGUAGGAGAUGUUGCCUGGGCACCUUACUCUUCAACAAUAUUUGCUGCUGUCACUGCAGAUGGAAAGGUGCAUGUUUAUGACCUGAAUGUCAACAAAUAUGAGGCUAUAUGUGAGCAAGCAGUGGUUGCCAAGAAAAAGACCAAACUCACACACAUAGGCUUCAAUCCAUCCCAUCCCAUUAUUAUGGUUGGAGAUGACAGGGGAUAUGUGACAAGUUUGAAGCUUUCACCAAAUCUGAGAAAAAUGCCAAAGGCCAAAAAGGGACAACAAAUUGAGCAAGGACCAGAAGUGGAAAUUGCCAAAUUGGAUAAAAUUUUAUCUUUGGUUCGAGAGCCAGAGCCUGCUAAAAAGGCCUGAGUAAAGUGCCAAUAGUACGGAAAAGAUACUUUAUGUAUUUCUUGUGGAAUGAAAAGUUGUACCACCUUACAGGAGAAAACAAUUAUUUUUAAUUUUUAAAAGUAGAACCAAGAUAUAAGGCACUUUGAAAACUGUGAUAAAUGUUUAAAUAAGAGACAGUGCACUGUGUAGUGCAAUUUCUGUCCAGCACCCCAAACCCUCUACAAUCUUGUGUUCUGUUCUUGUGUUCUGCAGGGGGAUAUACUUAGGUUUGUAUUUUCAAUAGCAGUAGACCCUUUUUCAGAUUUAUCAACUUAACAGCACUUCAUUCUGACAAUACAAAAUGUUAAUGUAAAAAGAAAAUGCAAAAAUGUUUGUGUUGUUUAUAUCUUAUGUUUUUAUGAUCAAAAUAAAUAC